AAUCUAAAAUUUAAAAAUCGAAAAAGUAAAAAGUCGACACAUCGAAAAAUCCAGAAGUCAAAAAUGGAAAAGACGAAGAACAGAAAUAUUGAAAAAUCCCAAAACUGAAAUAUCAAAAACUGAAAAAUCCUAAAACUGAAAUAUCCAAAAACUGAGAACCUAAAGAAUUGAAAAAUUGAGAAAUUGAAAAAUCAAAAAAGUGAAGUCGAAAUAUCGAAACCUUAAAAAUAUCGAAAAAUUGAAAAUUGAGAGAUUGAAAGAUCAAAAGAACGAGAAAUCGAAAAGUGAUGAAGUCGAAAAACCGAAAAAUAGAGAAAUCGACAAACAAAAAGUUAAAAGUUGAAAAAUUGGAAAAGCGGAAAAAUCAAAAAACCUUAAAAUGGAAAACUGGAAAAACUGAGAAACCGAAAUAGGCCAAAAUAUAAAAUUGAAAAACUGAUAAAUCGAAAACCUGAACAACCAAAUCUCGAUAAAUCAGGAAUGAAAAAUCAACAAAUCGAAAAAUUGAAAAGCAGAACAUCUAAAACCAGGAAGUCGAAAAAUCGAAAAACUAACAAAUAUUGGAAUAUUAAAAUAUCAAAAGAUUGAAAAAUCUAAAAUUUAAAAAUCCAAAAAUUGAAAAAUCGAAAAAGUAAAAAGGUAGACACAUCAAAAAAUCCUAAAACUGAAAUAUCUAAAAACUGAAAAAUCGAAAAAUCAAAAAAAGUGAAGUCGAAAAAUAGAAACCUUAAAAAAUCGAAAAAUUGAAAAAUCAAAAACCUGAAAAAUCAAAAAACCAAAGAAUUGAAAAGGAAAAUCGAAACACUCGAAGGUCAAGAAAUGGGAAAAUCAAAACAUCGAUUAACUGAAAAAUCUAAAAGUUGACAGUUUAUAAAUGUCAAAUUUGAAAAAUUGAGAAAUCCAAAAUUUCAAAAAACGACAAUCGAAAAACAGGAACCGGGAAGUCGAAAAAUCGAAAGAUUAAGAAAUCGAAACAUUUGAAAAAUGGAAGAGCUGAAAUGAAAAACCGAGAAAUCGAAAAAUCUAAAAUUUUAAAUAUUGAAAAAUUAAAAUACAAAAAACUGACAAAUCUAAAAUUAAAAAAUCGAAAAAGUAAAAAGUCGACACAUCGAAAAAUCCAGAAGUCAAAAAUGGAAAAGUCGAAGAACAGAAACACUGAAAAAUCUCAAAACUGAAAUAUCGAAAAACUGAAAAAUGAAAUAAAAAGUGACGAAUCGAAAAACUGAAAAAUCCAAAAACUGAGAAUCUAAAGAAUCGAAAAAUUGAGAAAUUGAAAAAUCAAAAAAGUGAAGUCGAAAUAUCGAAACCUUAAAAAUAUCGAAAAAUUGAAAAAUCAAAAACCUGCAAAAUCGUAAGAUCGAAAAAUUGAAUAAUAAGUAAACUGAAAAAUCCCAAAACUGAAAUGUCCAAAAACUGAGAAAUUAAAAAAUUGAAAAAUUUAGAAAUCGAAAAAUCAAAAAAGUGAAGUUGAAAAAUCGAAACCUGAAAAAAUAGAAAAAGUGAAAAACCAAAAAACCUCAAAAAUCAAUUAAUUGAAAAAUCGACAAAUAAAGGGUUUAUAAAAGUCAAAAAUUGAAAAAUCGAAAUAUUUAUAAAUCGUAAAAUUGAAGAGAAACACUGAAAACCGAGAAAUUGAAAAAUUGAGAAAUUGUAAAAUCCAAAAAUUGAAUAAUAAAUAGGAGUAAACUGAAAAGUCCCCAAAACUAAAAUUUCGAAAAACUGAGAAUUCGAAAGUUGAAACAGCAAGAAAUUACGGUCGAAACCGGUUAGAUGUGUAUCAGAUCACGGAUCAUGGGUUAUAAAUCAAAUCGUUUCCGAACGCUUAGAGUCGACAUUGGCCUGAGUGCGCUCUGGCCUGUAGAUCAAACAAGUACUCAGAGGACGAACUGUAAUUCGUGUUACCUGAAUUAAAGUCAAGGAAACAGUAAGCAGCUUAUAAUAUUCUGGUAAAUCAAGUGCUCGAGAAGUAAAAAAAAUACAAAAUGUAAAUGCUUGUUUAAACUCUCUUGUGGUACUUUAGAUGUAUUACAACCUAAAACAAAAUCCAUCAAAACAAUAGGCCAAGUUAAGUGCUUAACAAACAUUAAACAUUUUCAUCUUUUGAUCUUAACCACAUUGAAUUCCUUCAUACAUCGACUAAUCAAAAAACCAACGAGUAUAGUUACUCUAGAUAAACACUAACACCUCCAUCGCUACAAACAAUCAUCAUAACAGCCACUGAUGUGUAAAUAAAACGUUGCACAAGAGUGCUUUGUAAGAAUCCCAUGUAAACUAAACUCUAUUUUCUCUUAAGUAAAUUAUAUAUUUGAUGCACGUACAAAGAUAAUAGAAUUAGGACGAAAAUUAGAACCAACCUAAUUCCCGCCGUCAGUUGACUACAAAUCCACGUACAUCGAGCAGCAUCAUUUUAGGAAAAGGAACCAUGGAUCUUGACAACACCAUAAAAAGAAAAACCAAUCCAAGAGAGACGGCAAACAUUUUUUCAUUGGUGACGUUUCUCUACACUCUAAAAAUCUACAUCAAGGGAUACACCAAAGGCUUAGAAAUGAACGACAUCUAUAAAAUCUCAUCAGACGCACAUGCAGAAAAAUUGGGGCAAAAGUUAGAACACUACUGGGAGAAAGAAAAAAAGACCCGAGAUUUUCCAUCUAUAUGUCGCGUUGUGAUGCUUUGUUUCGGCAGAACUUUUUUUCUCGUGGGAAUAAUCCAGUUUGUUUCGGAAAUCGUUAAAACGGUGUGGUCACCUGAUGCCCUCUCCAAACUCAUUUCUUACUUUAGCCCUGGCCAAACUAACUUAACGAAGAAAGACGCUAUUUAUUACGCCUGUUUAGUUGUUGGAAUCAACUUAACAAAUUUUUUAGUGAGAGCUAAUUUUGACUUGAUUUUGGCAGCUCUUUCACUAAAAGCAAGAGCUGCUGUUUGUUCACUGCUGUACCGAAAAUCUCUGAAAGUCAGUUCUGAGUCUUUGUCGGACGUGACAGCCGGAAAAGUCGUGACCAUCCUUUCGAACGAUACCGAGAUUUUAGAACAUUUAUUUCGUUCCGGAAAUAGAGUGUGGAUAGCUACGAUAAAAACAUGUGUCAUUUGCUACUUGGUCUAUCACAAAAUAGGAACGGCCUCGUUUUCUGGAAUAACGUUCUUUCUGGUGGUCUUCCCCCUUCAAGUUUACAUCGGAACGUUAACUUAUAGAUACAAACUGCAGUGUAGCCAGAAGACAGAUGAGCGUUUGAAUCUAAUUCGUGAAGUUCUCUCAGCUAUUAAAAUUAUUAAGAUGUACAUUUGGGAACAAUUUUUCGAAGACAAAAUCCACGAUGCCAGAAAAAAAGAAAUGAAGAAACUUCACAAGCUAUUCUACACCAGAGUUUGGAUAAGCGUAAUUGGUAGCCUUUGCUCAAAAACUGCUUUCUUUCUUUUUGUAAUGACCUACGUAUGGAUGGGUCACAACGUAUCUGCUGAGACUGUCUACUACAUUUUGAGCUGUUUUAACGAUUUAGAAGGUUCACUUAGUAGCGAAAUACCUUUCGGAUUUUCUCUAUUUGCUCAAGGAUUUGCAACGGCUACAAGAAUUGAAAGCGUAAUGAAAGCACCAGAAUUACCAACGAAAGAGACAAUAACUGAUCCAAAGCAAGCAAAAGUUUGUUUCAACAAUGUAGAUGUCACCAUUCACGAUACUAAAAUUUUGGAAAACAUAUCGUUGGAUAUUAGUGACGGUCUUAAUGUCGUUGUUGGUCACACGGGUGGUGGAAAAACCACACUUUUGAAAACAAUUUUGGGCGAGUGUCAAACUACAGGAAAAAUUGACGUUUGUGGAAGAAUUUCCUAUGCAUCACAAGAACCUUGGCUCUUUCCUUCCACCAUCAAAAAUAACAUCCUGUUCGGAGAAGAAUUCAACCAAAACCGCUAUCACCAAAUUCUCGAAAUUUGUAGUCUAGAUUACGACUUAAAUUUACUGCCUGAAGGUGAAAACACAGUUGUGGGAGAAAGUGGUAUCAAUCUGAGCAAAGGCCAACAAGCUAGAAUAAAUCUAGCACGAGCUUUAUACAGAAAGAGCGACAUAUACUUACUGGAUGAUUGUCUUGCUUCUCUUGAUGGUAAUGUAAGUGACAGCGUUUUCCAAAAAUCCAUUUGUGAGUUUCUCAAGGACAAGAUACGCAUUUUUGUGACCAGUAGCACCGAUUAUGCACAAAGGGCAGAUAAAGUCAUUGUUGUGAAUUCGAAAAGUGUUAAAUUCGGCGACGAUGUUGACAAGACUCAAGUUUCAUAUACCUUUGACAACAUAGAAGGAUCUGCUAGAUUAAAUUCGACAGAAAGUCAUGAUGGAGAUUCUUUGGAAAAGCAGAUCUACCACGAGAAGAAAAAGUCUGGAGUAGUUCCUUUGCGUAACUACGUCAGAUACGUGGAGCAUGGUGGAGGUCUUACAUUGUUUAUAGUGAUAGUGUCCCUUUUUGUCUUGAACCAGUACACAAUUGGCUACAGUGAUAAACUUUUGAGCACUUGGAUUACUAUAGAACAAAACUUGACAAAUAUUAAGGUAUUAAAUGAAACAGAUAGUCCAGAGUAUGAUAGUCUUUACCAAGAACGACAAUAUGCGUUGGGUCUGUAUACUAUCAUGGUCCUUACGUCUAUUCUUCUCCUUGUGAUUAAACUAUUUUCGUACUUUUAUUUUACCCGAAAGGCAUCAAUCAGCUUACAUAAAGCUGUGGUUCGCAAUAUUAUGAACAGCACUAUGAACUUUUUUGAUACAUUUUUUAUUGGUAAUGUUGUAAAUCGGUUUACUAAAGAUUUUGUGACUGUGGAUGAAACUUUACCCUUUGAGGCUAUAGAAUGCUUUACGAUGAUUUUUACUGUAUCAGGUGGAAUAAUACUACUAACAACAGUUAAUUACGUCUUUCUUGUCGAAAGUCUUCUACUUUUAGUCGCUGCUUGCGUAGUAAAACAAUUUUGUCAACCCACUGGUCGUAAUUUGGAACGUCUUCAUAUCAUAUCUAGAAGCCCUCUAACUGGUCAUCUCAACUCGACCUUGGAAGGUCUAACCACAAUAAGAUCCAGCAACGCCCAAAAAGUCGUCAUACAUGAAUUUGACAGACACCAAGACCUAUUUACUUCCUCAUUCUUAAUGGCAAUCACCAAUUUCAUCACCCUGAGUGUCUUUCUAAAAUAUCUUUCUACAGUUUUCACCAGUUUAAUAAUUUUCCAGUUUCUAUUAACACAGAUGGAUAGCAGCGUAGGUGACGUAGGUCUAGCCAUAACCCAGGCUUUCGUCAUCAGCAAUAUCAUCACCUCAGGAAUCAGCAGUGUCGCAGAUUGUGAAAACCUGAUGAUCUCAGUUGAAAGACUUUUGGAAUUUACAAAACUACAAGAAGAAGAUACAGAUGGUAAAAUUUUGAUCGGCUGGCCACAAUUCGGUUCCAUAAUCUUCAGCGACGUUUCUCUAACUUACAAAGACACCAAGAUGUUAAGCAACAUCAACUUCGGCGUCAACCCGAAACAGCAAAUCGGUAUUGUCGGUCGAACCGGUGCCGGAAAAUCCUCUAUAAUCACAAGCCUAUUUCGUCUAUACCCAACUCAAGGAAAAAUCACCAUCGAUGGAGUUGAUAUUGACGAUAUUUCGUUAAAGUGGCUUCGAUCAAGCGUUUCUGUCGUCACUCAAGAUCCUUACUUGUUUCCAGGGACCAUACGAGAAAACUUGGACCCUGUGAAGCAGUACACGGACGAACAGAUGUGGAAGGUCUUAAAGGAACUACAACUAGAUGAUUUAGUUAAAGAUUUGGAUACUACAGUUGAUAAAGGAACCACUUUCAGUACCGGUCAGAAACAACUACUAUGUUUGGGACGUGUCAUUCUUCGGAAGAAUAAGAUUGUGGUUCUUGACGAAGCGACGGCUAAUGUUGACAAAGACACCGAACGACUGAUACAGGAAACAGUCCAGAAACACUUUAAAGACUGCACUUUGUUAAUUAUCGCUCACAAACCUUUAACAGUACUGAAUUGUUCAAAAACAAUGGUGUUAAAUAGUGGUAGAAUAAGCUCAUUUAGUGAAACUAAACAAAUUUGUUAA